UCCACGCAGAAGCGUUGAGGUCAAGGAGCUCGUGCAACGACGUGCAAGCUAACUGUAGUCCGCGUAACUUUGUAGCUAGCGAGCUAAAGAGGCUUUCGAAGAGAUUUUUAUUCAUCCACCUCAACAUAAAUGUAACAGCAACACGAUAACAACAUAUUACUCUUUGCAACUGUGAUUUCUUGGACCGGAACGAUGACCAAGUCAAACGGUGUCGAUCUUGACAAGUUAAUGGAGGAGUUUUCUCAGCUAGAGCUGAAAAUUACUGAGGUUCGUGGUAAAAACAACAUGUUGGAGAUCAUGCUGGAGGAUGCCAACAGACUCCUGAAAUUCUAUCAAACUAAGGAGAAAAGUUUGAUUGACGAGAGAGACAGUCUUCUGGUCACACUGAACAAACUGCAGCAGACUCUGCAGGAGCAGUUCAACUUCAGAGAGGAGAAUGAGAGACUGAAGAACAACAUGGCGGAUCUGAAACGACAGAGCGAGAGAACAGCAGAGGACGGAGAGGCUGAGGUUCGGCGGCUGGUCAGUGAAAUGAAAACAGAAGCAGACAGACACAAGAGGGAGCUAGAGGCUGUAAGACAGCAGUGCAGGAGGGAGGUGGAGCAGGCUCACAGGGAGGCCUUCAGUCAGUUGGAAGCUAAAGAUGCAGAAGUGAAAAAGCUGCUGGAGAAAAAAGACCUGGAUCUGGAGGAGAUGAGGAGGAGGCUGAAGGAUCAGGAGAGGGAGAGGCAGAGCGAGCUGCUGAAGUUAAAAAUGGAGUUUGGUGCGAAGUUAGCCAGAGUUCAGAGCACGGCUCAGUGGAGCCAACAACAGCAGCAGCAGCAACAACAACAACAACAACAUGGCUCCAACCUUCUUCCUCAGAGUGUGUUCAGGAGGAAGCUGCAGUUUUUCCAGGAGGAGAAGAACAGGGAGAUUGAGGCUCUGCGUCAGCGAAUCACAGAGCUGGAAGAGAACCAGCGUGCCGGCGGCCUCAGCGACAACCGCCUGAAGAGGAGGAGAGUCCAGUUCGAUUAGAGGCUAACGAUGCUAACGAGCGGCUGACCUGACCUGUAACUGAAGUGUUUCUAAACAUCUAGAUUUCAGUUUCAUUUGAAAAAGAAAAUUCCUCUAAGAUAUUGA